AUGAAACUCACGUGGGCACUCCACUAUUUCGUCGUCCUCCUGUGCUUCGCAAUUAUUUGGAGGAACAAACGGAAGGAUGGAAGCAGGAGUACGUCUUUCAUCCAGGUGGCACACUCCUUUGCUAAAAAGAAAGUGUGCACAUCUUCGUCGGACGACUCAACAUGUAGAAUGGUUGCGUUUGGGGAGUUAGACGUUUCGAACAACUCGGUGAGUGUAUUACGAUUGAAGGUGCUAAGACCGGAUGGAAAAGGAUACUUUUUAACUAUUCGAAGAGAUUACGUGACCCUUUUGUAUUACCUGAAAUAUAUGAAAGACAUCCCCUUCAAAUAUACAGAAGUAGUGGACGUGUUUAAUCACCAGAAGUUUAAAAAAUACACAGAAUGGCAGAUCAAGAAGUACACAUCCACAUGCAACGUACGGAGGAUAGAAGAAAUGAACAACCCAGAUGGAGAUUUCCCACCUCAUUUUCUUGAGUACAUAAAGGGGGAAUCAUGCUCAUGCCAGUCGUACAACCUGUUCAAGGAUAAUAAAGAUAUAAAGAGGGCAAAAUUAAAGUGCAUUUAUUUCAACAUGUUUUCCGAAUCGGCCAACGUUUACAGUAGGCACUGUGCCAUUAUGGACUUCUCCUAUUAUGCUGUGUAUGAUAUAGAUUAUCCACCAAUAUUUAAUACCCACGUUGAAAUAACUGUGCAGGAAUAUUCUUAUGAUGACGUCAGCAGUGUUUUAAAUAAGACGUAUGAUUUGGUCACAAAGGAAAAGAAAUAUGAACUGAAUGACUCUAUAACUGAAAUUAGGGAUGAUUAUUUCGACUUGUGGUUACUUCUAAGGAGUGAAUUUCAUGGGAAAAACACGUUAGUCAAUUUGUCGAAUGAUUAUAUUCUCAUUCCUUCUUCCCCUGUGAACGAUAUAGAUGUCUUAGCUAGCGAUGUUACUAGGAAUUGUGGGUUACAGGAAAAUUCCCCUCUUCUGAAAGGAUGUGAUUAUCAUGGAAUAUGUAACGUAAUUCAUCCCUGUUUGAGAAAAGCUCUCAUGAUGCCUAAGUAUCUUUUCGAUUUGAGUGGCAAAACAUGUGAUAAGUUUGGCGUGUCUCUAACUAAAUGGAGAGCAGCUAAUGGGAACUUCUGUGGUGCCCCCCCUGGGCAUUGCAUUUCUGUAAACCUUCAAAGAUAUUAUGAUGCGCACAAAGCAGCUAUGGAUUCAGAUGGGGCUUCAAAAUAUAAAAUUAAAAAUGUAUAUGCAUCAGAACCACAGACGAGGAUAUACAAACCAUCCGCUUUGCCUGACCAUUUGAAAGAUAAGAUUAACAACAAUCAUAAAAAGGUCGAUGCCAACGAUUUAGAUAAUAAAGUCUUUUACAACGAAAAGACAGCUGCACAUACGCAGUUCAUUGAAUAUAAAUUUAAUGGAAAUCACUCUGUUGAAAUUAAGUUUGAAACGAGUGCACUGGAGGUUUAUGAAAUUAGGCCAAUUUCGACGGCCACCAUUACUCAUAUUACGACUCCCAAAGAUUGUUCCUCUAAUCAGUCAGAGUCGAAGGAUUGUGUCCUAAUUGUGCAUACCUGGAACAACAGUGCUAAUGUGGGCGCAAACUUUUCUUGCCAUGUGAUCUGCACAGAUAAGGACACCGGGAAGAUGGCCACUCACCUUGGUCCUAUCAGUCCUGUAAACGCAUUCAUUGAUGCUAACAAGAAUUACGCCUUCUAUUUUAUUAUCAAAUUUUUAAUAAACAAAGAAAUACAAACCAUGUGUAAGGCAAUUCUUCGUGAUUCGAAUGGAAGGGAGUGUUCCAAGGAGGACUUCCUAUUAACUUCAAAAGAGACUAUACACGUGGUAGACGUAAUACAGCCAGAAGUGCCAGUCGAACCCAGUAUAACUCAACAUGACGCCGAACCAGAAGCUGCUCAAAAUUCUGAUAGCGAUACAUGCAACUGUAACCUUGAGGUUUUUUGCUACCUAUUUAACAUUCAAAAAUGUGUUAAUUAUUACACAAAUCGGAUCAAAAAUAUCAUCAGGAAAUUUGCCAUAAUUGCCAUUUUGGUUAUCCUCGCACCUGCAUUAAUUCCGCUGUUACCAUUUUUUAUCAAAUUCUUUUUCGUGUGUCUAUCCCUUGCCCUUAGAAUAUACCACUCGCUUUUAGUGGCCGUGCAAAGCAUCAACCUGGGAGGUAUCAAGGAGCGCCUAAACAUCCGCGGUAAAAAAAGUAAAUGUAAAAAGAAGGAAAAAGGGGCCGCCUCCUCAUCAUCAUCUUCCUUAAUUGAAACCAGCAGUGUUUCAUCCAUGUCUCAAAAAAACGGUGCGGGAAAUGGUUCCUUCCGUGUGAAGAAGUCAACAAAAAGUGGGGGAUAUAAAGAAAGGAGGGUGAUGACUGAGAAAAAAAAAUCUGACAAAAUGGGCAACAAGACAAUGACGGAUGCACACUCGCAAAUCGAUUUUAACCAACAUUGUCGCUCCUCUUCAGAGAGAAAUAUAAUGUACUCAUCGGAAUCUGCUAGUUCAAUAGACUUGAGCCAAUCGGACAGAUCUCCUAAUCAUGGUGCGCGCGCUCCCUCACGCGGAGAUGCAAGGGGUACCUUUAACGUUUAG